AUGUUCAGUUUACUUAAGAAAAUCCGUGGCGAAGAGGAAGCUGUCCCUUCUUUUAAACGUUAUUUUUCACCAAGAAAGUCCUGGUUAUUGGAUUAUGAAGAUAGCGACACCUGCCUUACGCGAAAGCUUAGAUUGGAGACGAAUGCUGUAGACGGUUGCCUGACAGUUUCACAAGAACUUGCUUUUGGAGAAGGUGCUGAAGACCACAUUUACGAAGAAAUUGGAGACGUUGUUCCCUUCUCUCCGAUUGAAAGCUACGUAAAUGCGUUAACUGUCUUAACUCAACAAAUUGAAACCGAUUUUGGUGAAAAGUCACGAGAAGAUGAUGAUGUCUCUCCCGAUGAACCAGCACCAGUUGAAACAUUGUCUGCCUCUAGUCCAAUGACUGUGAGAUGUCGUGAAAAAUGUGAGAGAUGGUUAACCCAAUUGUCAAAAGUGAACCCCACAGAUUUUGUAAUUCCAGAGCCCAUGACACCUACAGACAACUUCGACCGUCGACCUCAUUCCUCGAGCAGAAUCCGUAGAAGACCGAAUAUCCGAAAGAUGAGUGCUGAAAAACGUAAAGAACUACUCCAGAAAAUAGAAGAAAACUGGUUUGACUCGAGUGAUGAAUCCAGUGACGAGUCUUAUCCAUCAUUGGUGUCUCAGGAAUCAUCAGGUCGUCUGACCCAAUCUUCAUGUACCGAACAGACCAUCGAAAAUCCAUCGAAUGAACAGUCUCAGUGGCAACGAUCAUCUAGUGAAGAAUCAAGUGGUAUAUUUGAAGGCAAUUCUUCAUGCAACAAGACUGGUGAAUCUUCGGGAGCUUCUUUCGAGAAUUUGAACAGCAUCACCGAAAGUGACAGUGCAUUUAGUGAGAUUCAGAGUAAAGAUCUUCCUUCUUUUCGUCCAAGAAUUGGUUUUGGUUUGAACAGAUGGUAUCGCCAUUAA